CAAAUUUGCGGUUUUUAUGUCCAAACUUUGUCUAGUUAGGGGUUAAAUACAUUUUGAUUACAAGGAAUUAAAAUCAUGACUCGCUCAAAUUUUUAUAUAAAAUGAGUGGAAUUCUUAGUGCUGGCACAAAAUCGUACAACAUGCAACUUUUGGUAGUAGUUUUGGCUGUUUGUGUUUUGGGCGCCAACGCUGGGCUUGACCCUAAAUUUUUGGAAAAAUUGACUCAAGAAGUACAAGCUGUUGGUACUUCAUGUGGGGAAAAGGAACAUGCAACGGCUGACGAUAUGAUUGAAAUUAUGGAAGAGAAAUUUCCCCCAACCAGUCAUGAGGCGAAAUGUGUUGUUGCUUGUUUUUACAAACACUACAAAAUGAUGAAAGAAGACGGGACGUUUGAUAAAGACGCAGCUGUGAAAGCUUUCGACGAAAUCAAAGCACAAGACGCUGAAAUUCAUGCCAAAAUCUUGAAAGUUAUCGAUGCUUGUGAUGCGAAAAAGCAAAUGUCAGAUGAUCAUUGCGUAAGUGCUGCUUCAAUGGCUGGAUGUGUUAAAACAGAAGCUAUAGCUAACGGUUUGACCAAAGAGGCAUUCAUGGCGUCUUAAAAUCAAUCUCGAAUUAACAUUGUUAUUUAACUAGGGCUGUAAAAAUAAAGCAUUCUAAAAACCAA